UCACCGGCUGCUCCCUCGGCAGCAUCAUUCUUGUGGUCGCCAUCAUUUGCCUCGCCAUCAAAUUCUACAAGACCAAUAAGCAGGUUACGGGCAACCAUUACCAGGUAAGGUACCGAAGAGGGACGGCCGGAAUCAUGGACCUGGAGGGACUCUCUGAGAACCAAACUUCCGAGUCUGCGCAGAACAGGCAGAACGAUUACCAGCGGCGUAUCGGACAGCCACUUGGGGCGGACGGAGGCGCCUCAAAGGAUACUACGCCGUUACUGCAAGUCCUUGAUGACGUCACGGUGGCGACCCUCCUAGAGAAGGGCCUGCUGAUUGAUAGCGACCGCCUCGUGCUGGGGGAGAUGGUGGGGCAAGGAAAUUUUGGUCGAGUGUACAGAGGCUACCUGCGUACAGUUGGAGAAAAAGAAGAAAUGGCGGUGGCGGCCAAGACUAUGCAUAGAAACAGCCCACAGGAUCUGGACGUGCAGAUGUUCGUGAGGGAGGCGCUGAUCAUGAAGGACUUCCAGCACACGAACGUAAUGACGCUCAUUGGGGUCUGUUUCGGCAUUGAGCGGCUCCCUCUAGUCGUGCUUCCCUUCCUGGAAAAUGGCGACCUCCUCACCUACAUCCGGGAUGUCAACAGGAAGCCUACAGUCCGGGACCUGACAGUGUUCAGUGUUGAUAUUGUGAGCGGAAUGGAGUAUCUGGCCCAGCUAAAAUUCGUGCAUAGGGACCUAGCGGCAAGGAACUGCAUGGUCGGGGACGACAUGAAGGUGCGGGUGUCCGACUUCGGCCUGUCACGUGACGUGUACGAGAAAGAAUACUACAGCACACGUGACAAGACAACUAAACUUCCGAUCAAGUGGAUGAGCCCGGAGAGCCUCGAAUUCGGACAUUUCAGCUCCAAGUCAGACGUGUGGUCGUUCGGUGUGACACUGUGGGAGCUGUUGACACGCGGCAUGUGCCCGUAUCCGACCGUCGACAAUUGGGACAUGAUGCGUUUUCUCAAGGAUGGACGCCGCCUCGAGAACACGGAGUUUUGCCCGGAGGAAAUGUACCAGAUCAUGUUGCGGUGCUGGUCUUGGGAACCAGAAGCACGCCCUACCUUCGCGGAACUGGCAACAAACAUCCAAGAACUCCUCCGCCGCCUGGAGCGGGCAUCUGUGAAGUGCCACAGAUGGGAAUCCAACCGCGAGUGAGGCCCAAGCGCUAUAGCCACACUGACAACGGCGAGUGAGGCCCAACACUACAGCCUCAUUGACAAUCGCGAGUGUGCCCAAAACUACAUUCUCGACUAUGAAGCCUUUUCUGUGUCAUUGUUUUACAGUGUUGAUUACAGUUUCAAUCCAAGUGUAUUCAUCGGAAACACUGCAUACUCGAACUAAUGCUGAGGUCCUUUUGUCUGACAUUGUAUCAUUAUAGCCUCUAUCAGACAUUACUGCUUUGAUAAUUUCAACUGAUUUUUCCCCCGAACUGUGGUAAUUUGUUGGAGAAUAUAUAUAAUAGUAGCUGUUACUGCUGAACACGUGGAUGUUUAUGAUAUUUAAAUUAUAAUGUAUAUGAGGCAUGAGUAGGUUAUGCACAAAUCAAUUGUAACCGGGGCCCCAAGGUCCGGGAUAUAGGCGGGGACUUUGACUUUCGGUCUAGCCAAUCCCAGGUUAAACCCGGGGACAAACUGCUGGUAAACUCCCCGCCAAUUUACCACGCACCCCUGGGACAUCCUAGGUAUGGCACAUUCCUCGCUAUUAUUGUCGGCGCGGGAGGGGUUACAAUUGACUGGUGCAUUAUUGUUCGCAUGGUCAAACAUAUAGAUACAUGUUUUAUAUUGUAAAUAUUUUUUUCACAUUUUAUAUCAAAACAUU